GGAGGUAGAAGGGGAGGGUGAGUGUGAUAAUGUGGACACUUGGUGAUAGACAGGUAUGUUGGAGGUAAUAGGGGAGGACAAGUGUGAGGUUGUGGAUACCUGGUGACACACAGGUAUGUUGGAGGUAGUAGGAGAGGGUGAGUGUGAGGUUGUGGAUACCUGGUGGCAGACAGGUAUGUUGGAGGUAGUAGGGGAGGGUGAGGGUGAGGUUGUGGAUACCUGGUGACACACAGGUUUGUUGAAGGUAGUAGGGGAGGGCAGGUGUGAGGUUGUGGAUACCUGGUGACACACAGGUAUGUUGGAGGUAGUAGGAGAGGGUGAGUGUGAGGUUGUGGAUACCUGGUGGCAGACAGGUAUGUUGGAGGUAGUAGGGGAGGGCAGGUGUGAGGUUGUGGAUACCUGGUGACACACAGGUAUGUUGGAGGUAGUAGGGGAGGGUGAGUGUGAGGUUGUGGAUACCUGGUGGCAGACAGGUAUGUUGGAGGUAGUAGGGGAGGGUGAGUGUGAGGUUUUGGAUACCUGGUGGCAGACAAGUAUGUUGGAGGUAGUAGGGGAGGACAACUGUGAAGUUUUGGAUACCUGGUGACACACAGGUAUGUUGGAGGUAGUAGGGUAGGGUGAGUGUGAGGUUGUGAAUACCUGGUGACAGACAGGUAUGUUGGAGGAAGUAGGGGAGGGCAGGUGUGAGGUUGUGGAUACCUGGUGGCAGACAGGUAUGUUAGAGGUAGUAGGAGAGGGUGAGUGUGAGGUUGUGGAUAUCUGGUGGCAGACAGGUAUGUUGGAGGUAGUAGGAGAGGGUGAGUGGGAGGUUGUGGGUACCUGGUGGCAGACAGGUAUGUUGGAGGUAGAAGGGGAGGGUGAGUGUGAGGUUGUUGUUACCUGGUGGCAGACAGGUAUGUUUGAGGUAGUAGGAGAGUGUGAGGUUGAGGAUACCUGGUGGCAGACAGGUAUGUUGGAAGUAGUAGGGGAGGGCAGGAGUGAGGUUGUGAAUACCUGGUGGCAAACAGGUAUGUUGGAGGAAGUAGGGGAGGACAAGUGUGAAGUUGUGGAUACCUGGUGGCAGACAGGUAUGUUGGAGGUAGUAGGGGAGGGUGAGUUUGAGGUUGUGGAUACCUGGUGACAGACAGGUAUGUUGGAGGUAGUAGGAGAGGGUGAGUGUGAAGUUGUG